AUGUUCUUGACCUUGCGCCGUCUUUCUUCCGCUCAGACUUUGGUCAGACGACCUGUCUUUACCAGAAAUGCACCCUUAUUAACUCGGCUGAUGCCUUUCCACUCUACCAUGGCAUGCACAAACGAACCUUCUAGCGAGCCGGCUAGCGAAUCUGCUAGCGAAUCUGCUGCAACCGGACCCAAUACCACUACCAAACUUGCAAAAUCCAAAGCAAAUAAGAAGGCUGUACCUGAAAUGCUUUCACCUGAACGCCUACAGGCUAUUAUGCAGAGACUUGUAGAAUCACCACCAUCUCAGUCUCUUGAGGCUGAACGAUCAGAUCUUAUUAUGGAGAUCGAUUCACAUCGAAUUAAUAGUAAUCCUCGAGGAAUCAGCGCAGAAAGAUACAACAAAUUGAUCGAGCUCCUUAACCGAUGUUACAAUGUCGCUCAAUUGCGCGAAUAUAUAAAGGCAAAAGGGAUCGCCCCCAAGAAACUUAAACGAGCAGUACUUCGACAGAUCGCGAACGAAUGCUGGGGUGUACUCUCAGAAGAACAAGUGCAUAAAGAAUUGAAAAGCCUUAAGGCACGUCAGGUCAGACAGCAGGUUUCAGCAUCAAAGGAGGAAUUGUUCUUUGUGAUUGGUAACAAUGGUGCUACUCUUCGCAACAUUGAGAAUAUGAGCAAGGCUACCAUCACAAUUGACGUGAGCAAGUCACAGUAUGUCCUGGAAGGCCUUCCAGAAGAAGUUGAGAUAGCUAGACAAGAAAUUAAAUCCUGUUUGCCGAUCGUCAAAAAGGAAUAUGAUAUUCCUCAAUUGAAAGAUGAUAUGGCAAAAACUGAUUUUGCGGUACAAUCAAAGAACUUGCUUUCAGACAUUUCUAAAAUAUCAAAUACCUAUAUUAGUAUAAAUGACGGAAAGUUUCAUAUUGCCGCAUUAUCCCAAAAGUCCCUGGAUAGUAGCAAACGUCAAUUAGAGUUGGUUUUGACAGAGAUGGGCUACACUGACAAGAAGCCUUUGUCUGUGUCUGAUCAUACUUUAAUUGCCAUCUCCAAAGAUCUUACAAACUUAUCUGUAAAGCCAAAAGACUUUUAUUCACUUACCCCUAUUCACGACGCCUCAGCUAUGCCAUUAUCAGCCAGAAACGUUGGGUGGAGUAGAGUUGUGCAUGAUACUAACCAUGAUCAAUAUCGGCCUUUUGGCUCCCAGCAUCAGGAAUCUUUAUUACGAAUGGUUUCAAACAAAAGCGAAUCAGAACAGUCGACCAUUGAAUUCUCUAAAAUUGCAGACCUUUUACGUGACACAUUGAAAGUAUCAGAUGAAACCAAAGAGAAUAUUUCUGUAGAAGCCUUCUUUGGUCAUUUAUUGCUCAAGAACCCUGUCACAAACCAAGCACAAAUGAAUUUACUGACCCCAGGUCUGGAAGGUUCUUUUGGUUUUGAGCAAUUCCAAAACAUUAUGAAUGAACGAUAUUACGAACGACGUAUCUUUUUCCCCACAACCCCUCCAGCAAACUUUGUGACUCCUUUAAUUCCUAUUGAAGUUGACGGAAGUCUCCACAAGCGUAUUAUCCAAGCUCAUUAUGUCAAUACAUCUUUUUUAACGAGCCUUGACCCAAGAAGUAAAGACAAUGGCCUGGAGCGUUUGACUGUAGAAUUCUCGGAACAAAACGAUGGGUCUAUUAAACUCGAUCGUGUUUUGGGAGAGCAUGGUAGAGCUGCUGUGGAUGCUAUCUGUGUAUCUGGACGAAUCGAUAUGCGUAUCCUCGCCAAGCGUUACAGCUUGUACACAAAUGAACAAUUGGCUACUCCUGAGGGUUAUGUAAACCUUCCGUUACCCAGUUCUGUAGAAGAAUUGAUCAAAAAGUGUAGCCUCAUAGGUAACAACCAAAGUCAAGACAAGACAAGACAAGACGUCGCUCACACUUAUUACUUUAGAUAUAACGAAUUAUCUUGUCCAAAUUUCUGGAGCCAAGAUAAUGUUGCUGGAUCAAACAUGGCUCUAGUAGAUGUGUCCUUUAAAAACGAACGUCAGCAUUUGAUUGACGAUUGCUUAGUAACCUUGAGUCACACACAAAAACAAGAAGGCCACACAGGCUUUAAUGAAUUAAAGGUUACUCAUGUUACUGAAGAUGCUGCUAAGAACAAUUACUUGCCUGUCAAGAAUGGACUUGCAUCUUGGAAAAAUAUGGCGAGCACAUUAGAACACCUGGCUAGACGAUGGGAGUAUUAA